AUGGAGUUGAGGGACGAAACAGAUGACACAGAGGAGUUCAUCAAUUUGGAAAAAAGAAUAGUAGCUCUUAGGGAAGCAAGGGACAGGACAGUCAUGCAGAAAGAAUUAGAGGAAGGUAGACAAGCCCAAGUUGAAGACAUUUCCAGAUUCCACAAAUUCGUGAAAUGGUUAGGAGAGGAAAAGGUGGGACUCACAGGUGUAGCAGUAUCAACGGCCGGUCUGAUCACAACUCUACUGAUCCAUGCUAGGGGAGCAAUCAUAGAAACAGCAAAGUCAACAAGCAAAGUAGCCAAAGCAUUAGCCAAACUAGCUAAGAAGGCAGGUCCCAUUCUUAUACCAGUUCUCAAUGCCAUUGCAACAGCAUUGUCAUGGGGCGCCAAAGGUAUUGCCUGGUUGGCGUCAAACUUAUGGGUUCUAGCUGUAGCGGCUGCACUACUUGUGUACAACUAUUACACAAGGUAG